UGCUAAAACUUCAAAGAACGACCAGCUAAGCAGAUUUAGCUCACUUUUACUGAUCUUCGCCGUCAAAAAUCGUCUUCACCGGCCGCCGAUCUAUUCUCCGACCAAGAUGGGUGCCGGUUUCCUCGUUGGCGUCAUCGGUGUUCUAAUUCUAUCUCAUGCUACCUAUUCCACUAUCCAAUAUAGGGGUUUGCUUAAGAUUACUGAGGAGGAGUUUUCUGGACCACCCAUCGAUGUUGUAAUCGAAUUGAUAGUUAGUUUAGUGUUAUGCUUGUGGGCUGCAAUGGCUGCCCCUGGAAAUUUCAAGUCAAUCCAUCCUCAAUCUGAGGAAAACAGGGUGGUCGCUUUGCCUGCCAAUCUGGAUUUUAUGAUCUUCAAUCACCGUGGAAAAAUAUUUCCUCUGGAAACCGAGUUGAAGUUGAAGUGAUGGUCUGGACUAAUUUAGCAUUCAUGAACUCAGCUUCUAUCCUUCAGACCAGCUCCAUCUUUCGCAACUGUUCUUGGAGAGGAUUGUUUUAGACAGUUUUCCUAUUACACUAAUUCGAUUACUUGAGCAGCACUAGCCGACCUGUGGAAUGUUAAUUGUUAAAAAGCAGACGGAAAAAAAGAUAGUUUCUGCACAUUUAUAUUUUUGCAUGCUAAGACUCUAAUUUUCAGAACAUAUCUCAUAGUAUCUAUUAUCAUUUAUUAUCUA